AUGGUUGUAAAAAUUUACAGCAUUGAGUUGAUUCUGUGGCAGAUAAUAAGAGGUGUUUUGGAGCCGAUAGUUACUUUGCAAGAUCUGGAACAAAAACCGCAACCGGUGACAAUGCUUUACGAGAUCUGCCAAAAGAAUGGUAAAAAAGUUGACAUAGAACAACAGAGAAAUGGUGCCAAAAGCACGGCCAAUGUCUAUGUUGACGGAGAGUUGGUUGCAUCCGCUUCCUCAGACCAAAAGGAUAUUGCAAGGCUUGAAGCUGCCAAGGCUGCCUUGCAUAAACUAGAACGCUUACUGCCUGCCACUACCAUGAUACGUGACUGUUAUGUCGGCAUUGAUGGUACCUUUGAAGUUGAAGCUGCAAAGCAGAAGUUAUAUGCAAUUUGUGGGAUAAAAGAGUGGCCUAAACCAGUAUACAGCAUUGUGAAAGAUGAAGGUACUCCUCAAGAUAAGAAAUUUGUCACUGCUGUACAAAUAGCUACUCCAUCUGCCACACUCCAAAUGUCUGGAGAUGAGAAAUCUCGGGUGAUGGAUGCAGAGAACUCUGCAACUUCUUUGAUGAUUCGGGCCUUACAACAACACAAGUAUGUGUGACAAUUGUGGCCUCCCAAAGUACUGGUUGUACGUCUAUGUUAGUUUUUGAUUUGUGAGAAAUAGAUACCUGAGUGUAGUUGUAAUUGUAGUCUAUGUAUAGUAAAAUUUGAUUUU